AUGGCGGAGGCGGAGUUGACGGACUUUGCGGACGAUGCGCUCAAGUUCGAGACAUACGAGCAGUACCUUGACUCACAGAUCUCUCCGAUGGACAUUUAUUACCUCGAAGACCAAGACCUGGCUCGAGAUUUGGUAGAGCUUGGGUACCGAGGGAGUGGAGAAACUCUGAAGCGGGAAGAAUUCGAAGCAAGGAAGAAAGCUGCGGAGGAAGCAAAGGCCUCAAAGCUGCGAAAUGCGCCGAAGAAACUAGCCAGCGCAGACAAAGACCUCUCCCACUUUCCAUUCCUACACAGCCUGGCAGAAAGAGAAGAUUUGGUGAGGAACGGCAAGCUGACGUCAAUCAUCUUUCUUCGAGACAAGAACUCAAAGGGACAGGAGGUGUCAGGAUACAUCGACUAUGCUCAUCGACUAAAGACAGAGGACUUUGAGCCCUACUUCGACCGAAAGAAGAAGCUGAUGCCCAAACCAUCGGACUUGAGCUACUACAACUGGGAGACUCAACAUUCUACCUCCAACUCCACACCAAACUUUCAGGUGAUAGCAGACAAUGAAGCAGGUCUUCUCUUCAAGAAUAAGAGAGACAGAAAGGUGAUCAACGUCGAUCCCAAGAGUCUACCGGGAGACAACUCGAGAAGGAUUGAGAUCAAGACCAACGAGUACGCGCAGGUUGUCAUUUACGACCACGUGACCAGGAGGAAGACUUAGAUCUACAACUAACUCCACAACCUCCUCCCCCUCCUCCUCCUCCCCCUCCUCCUCCUCUGCCUUCCCUCCACUCUACCGCCGCCGCCGCCGCCGCUCUCAUUGCCUCGCUAUCUUUGUCGUCGCCCUCGUCCUCGUCGCCAUUACCCUUGUCUCCCCUUGGCUACAUGCCCUUCUUCUUUCCCCCGCAGAAUGCCUUGAGUACACGUUUGAAUCUCCGC